AUGAAUUCGGGGAUCAAUCUUACCACGAACGCUAAGGAACUCAAAUCGAGUUAUCAAUCGGUUCUGGAAGGAAAAGAGGUUAAUUGGGUAGUUUAUGGUUACGAGAGAGGAAACGAAUUAAAGGUUGUGUCGAAAGGAGAUGGAGGUCUUGAGGAGUUGAAAGAUGAAUUCGAUGAAGGCAAGAUCCAAUAUGCUUUUGCUAGGGUUAUAGACCCCAAUUCCGAAUUACCAAAGCUUGUUCUUAUCGGUUGGUGCGGUGAAGGUGUUCCAAACUUCAAGAAAGGAUUUUUCAAUUCACAUUUUAACGAAGUGACCAAGUUCCUGAAGGGCUACCACCUUCAAAUUAAUGCUAGAUCUGAGGAAGAUGUUGAUCCUGAUUAUAUAAUGAAAAGGAUAAAUGAAAGUGGUGGCUCAAAGUAUAUGGCAAAUAUCAAUAAGAAUGCUCCCGUAAAAAAAGACGAACCCAUUUUGCCAGUUCGCUCGGUUUAUCAACCAGAGAAAAUACCGGACAUCGCCGCAUUACAAAAGUCUGUUCGACAGGAACCUAUUUUACCAGUACGUUCAACUUAUCAACCAGAAAAAAUACCGGACAUCGUCUCACUACAAAAGACCGCUUCCAAAGAAAAAGAGGAAGAGGAAGAGGAGAUAGUACGUUCGAGUUAUCAGCCAGAAAAAAUACCUGACAUUGCCGCACUUCAAAAAACAGCACCGAAGGAUGAUAUAAAACCUGUGGUAAGAAAUUUGUUUGUUCAACAUAUUUACAAUCAUGGAGCUCAAAAUUUUGUUGUGUUGAACCUCAAGAGUUCCGUAUAUAAGCCCGUUCAACUUCCGAAACCAAAAAGGCUGGGCACUCGUGCAACGUGGAUCACGGAAGAGAACAAUCCUCCCACCUCUGGUAUAGAUGUUCGCCGUGAGAGGGAAGAACGUGAGAAGAAAGAACAUGAAAGAGAGGAACGUGAAAGAAAAGAACGUGAAAGGAAAGAACGUGAGAAGAAAGAACGUGAAAGAGCAGAACGCGAAAGAAUUGAACAAGAAGAUGAUGAACGCAGAGAGCAAGAGAGACUUGAACAAGAGGAGUACGAACGCGAGGAAAGUGAAAGAGCGGAGCGCGAAGAACAUGAAAGGGCACAACGAUUGAGGCAACAGAAGGAAGCAGACAAUCAAGAAGAAGAAGAACUGGAACGCCAACGAAAAGAAGAAGAGGAAGCCUACCGCAGGCAAGAGGAAGAAAGUUUAUUACAGGAAGCCCAGUCAAAUGAACCUGAGCCUGCUGGAACCUAUUUUGCUCGAGCUCUUUAUGAAUAUGAUGCAGCCGAAGAUAACGAAAUGUCAUUAGUGGAAGGAGAAAUAAUCAAAGACAUUGUUCAGUUGGAUGAAGGGUGGUGGCAAGGCACUAGUGAAGAUGGAACACGAAGUGGCCUUUUCCCAGCAAACUUUGUUGAACUCAUUGAGGCUGAAAUCCAAAAUCCAGAAGAGGAAACUGAACUGGAACUGGAACCGGAACCUCAAGAAACCCAUGAACAGUCAGCUUUGCCUUCAGCAAAAGCCGUGUAUGAUUACGAGGCUGGAGAGUCUAACGAAAUUUCAUUUGUAGAGGGUGAUAUUAUUACUAAUAUUGAUUUUGUGUCAGAUGAUUGGUGGCAAGGUACAGCGCAAGAUGGAUCCGUGGGAUUGUUUCCAGCUAAUUAUGUGGAAUUACUUGGCUAG